UGGAAAUGAUCUCGUCUCAUGUAAACAAGGUUCUCUCUUGGAAUUCAAUUCUGAAAAUACAGCCAUGUUAAACAAACAUCUAUUACAAUUUUAUUUUAUUUAAUUUAAAAAACGAGUCUCUACACAAAAAGCCAAAUAACAGUCAAAAGCUUUCUUUUCUAUUUGAAUAUUCAUUCAAUUAACCCUUUCUAAUGUAACUCAACUCAUUCUGUUAUCUACACUCACCGGCGAACAAAUCUCCGGCAUGAAUAUCCAACUCUUCCACUCCCUCACCAUCCUCCUCCACCUCCACAUCCACAUCCUCAUCCUCAUCCCCACCACCAACUCCCUCAACUUCCUCUACAACUCCUUCACCACCACCACCAACCUCACUCUCAUCCCCGACGCCCACAUCCAACCACCUGUCAUCCGCAUGACCAACGACUCCAACCAAUACUCUUACGGCCGUGCCUUCCACCCCACUAAACUCCCCAUGCUCAAACCUUCACCUUCCUCAACAAACAUCACUUCCUUCUCCACUUCCUUCAUCUUCUCCAUCUUACCAGACAACCCCACCAGCCCUGGCUUCGGUCUCGCUUUCGUCCUCUGCAACACCACUUCCCCUCCCGGCGCACUCGCUAGUCAAUAUUUCGGCUUAUUCACAAACUCGAUUAGCUCUUCUUCAAUUUUCCCUCUCAUCGCCGUUGAAUUUGACACUGGUCAAAACCCUGAGUUUAAUGAUAAAGACAGCAAUCACAUCGGAAUUGAUUUGAAUAACAUCGAAUCCAAAAUUCAAACUCCUGCAGGGUAUUAUAAUUCCACCGGAAGCUUCGUUCCGGUUCAGAUGAACACUGGGGAGAAUAUUCGUGCGUGGAUUGAAUUUGACGGCGAGAGGUUGGAGAUAAAUGUUACUGUUGCUCCGGUUGGUGUUUCGAAGCCUUUGAAACCGACGCUAUCUUAUAAUGAUUCGAGUAUAGCUCAUUAUGUUGCUCCUGAAAUGUUCUUUGGUUUUUCAGCUUCGAAAACGAAUUGGAUUGAAGCGCAGAGAGUUUUAGCAUGGAGUUUUAGUGAUGAUGGGAGUUUGAAAGAGUUGAACACGACAAAUUUACCGGUGUUUAAGCGAGGAUCAUCUUCGUCUUCACUUUCCAGUGGAGCUAUUGCUGGGAUUGCAGUUGGUUGUUUUGUUUUUGUUGUGUGUUGCACGAGUGUGUUUGUAUUAUAUUUUCGUUGGCGAAAAAGAAGAGAAGAUGAUGAUGAUGUUGAAGAUUGGGAAAUGGAGUAUUGGCCUCAUAGAUUCUCUUAUGAGGAACUAAGCAAUGCUACAAAGGGUUUUCAGAGAGAGCAGCUUCUAGGUUUUGGAGGGUUUGGAAAAGUUUACAAAGGUACAUUAAUGAAUAAAACAUUGGUUGCAGUUAAGUGUGUUAAUCAUGAUUCUAAACAAGGGUUAAGAGAAUUUAUGGCUGAGAUUUCAAGUAUGGGGAGGCUUCAACAUAAGAAUUUAGUACAAAUGAGGGGAUGGUGUAGAAAGGGCAAUGAAUUGAUGUUGGUUUAUGAUUAUAUGCCUAAUGGAAGUUUAAACAAGUGGGUUUUUGAUAAACCUGAGAAAGUUUUGGGAUGGGACCAAAGGCGUAGGAUUCUUGUUGAUGUGGCAGAAGGGCUUAGCUACCUUCAUCAUGGUUGGGACCAGGUUGUUAUUCAUAGGGAUAUUAAAUCUAGUAACAUUUUGUUGGAUGGUGAUAUGAGAGGAAGAUUGGGAGAUUUUGGUUUGGCUAAGCUUUACCAACAUGGGCAAGUUCCUAAUACCACACGUGUGGUGGGGACUUUAGGGUAUUUGGCGCCGGAGAUAGCGACGGUUGCAGCGCCUACUUCGGCGAGCGAUGUGUAUAGUUUUGGGGUGGUGUUGUUGGAGGUGGCUUGUGGAAGGAGGCCGUUGGAGACGGAUGUGGUGGAGGAGGAGGUUGUGCUUAUUGAUUGGGUGAGGGAGUUGUAUGCAAAAGAGUGUGUGGUUGAAGCUGCGGAUAGUAGGAUUAAGGGUGAGUAUGAUGUGGGUGAUAUGGAGAUGGUGUUGAAGCUUGGGUUGGCUUGUUGUCAUCCUGAGCCGAAUAGGAGGCCUACUAUGAAGGAAGUUGUCGCGCUUCUUCUUGGGGAGGAUAUUGCGGAGGCGCCGGGGAAAGUGUUGUCUGAUUUGGCUCGUGGUGAUGACAAUGGUGGCGGCGGCGGCAGGGAAUCCGAUGAGGAGGUGCCUUUGCAAUCCACCUAGUGACUAGUGACUUCACUGCAUAUAGUUGAUAUUUUUUGUGAUUGGAUUUUUCUGGAUUGUUUUGAUAAUUGGGAUUUUUCCCUAUAUUUGUUUUGAUUUUGAUUAUUAGAUUACUUCCACUUUUAUUCAAGUCCUUUGCAGUGUGUAUAGUAUCUGGUACAAUGAUUAUGUGGUUUUAGUCAACAAGUACUAUUAGAUACACUGACCAUGUUGGGAAUUUGGUACUGUAUCUGAUAUGUGAUUUAGUUGCUUUCCAUUAUUGUUCAUUAAUCAUUAUCCUUCGUUGGAUGAAUGAUAUGCAUUUUGCAUAUUUGGAAGCAGUUUAAAAUAGAAUACAUGAAUGAUCUUUAAUAU